AUGACGUAAUAGAAAAGGCAGCGAGAAACUAAGGCGGUGUUCUUUGCGAGUUUGGCUAGGACCCCCAGCAUCUCCCUCCCUCAGCGUGCAGCGCCCACCGUUGUGAGAAGAAGAAACAUACUGAGGAGGCGUGUCGGUCAUGGACAACCCGGAAGAUCUAGUCAGAACUGUUGAAGGUCAGGUGGAGAGGUUAAAGGUCAUCUUCAACGAGGCCACCUCAGCCCUGACGGACGACGUCAGCGAAGUGUCCCAAUUCUGCGUCAGUCUGGAAUGCUGCCUCCGCCACCACCAACGAGAGAAGCUGAGUUUCUGGGGUGACAGGAGGGACUAUUGGAACUACCUCAGUGAAGGUGUGGGCCGCAUGAAGACCCUGGAGACCAUCGUCAAGAGGGUCCAGACACUGGCACAUCUGGCGACCAGUCAGGGGAGGGGGCGUGGUCUCAUCAGGGAGUGUCUGGAGCAGCAUAUGUUGGGGGACCUCGUCCAGACUGCUGCCAGCAACCUCAAGAGGACCAAAGAGUGGUACCACCCCACGUCAGUCCUCCUGUCCCCGGCCCAUUGCCAGAGACUAAUUAGUGCACUCUAUGACCUCACCGACGUGGACUUUGACCUCCCUUCGGAGGGUGUCGAUCUUGAUGAAACGUGGCCCUCAUUUGUCCUGAAGUCAUUUCAGGGUAGUGAUGGUCGUCGCUCUCUCUUCAUGUCUCCAGCUGGUUCUAAGGACGCCAUCGCAGCCUCAUCUGCCGCCACCUCUUCUUCUCGUGGGGUGACAUUAGAGAGAGGGAUAGAGGAGGAAGCGAGUGAGAUUUACGUGAAACAAGAGAUCCCGUUCAGCAUCUCCCUCGUCAGCAGUCUCCUUGACGACAUACGCUGCAAUCUGGUUGGUCAGUCUGAGACCAUCGGCGGACACACCCACCUCUGCCCCGACUUGGAAGUCACCAAACUCGACGACGUCACUUCCUGUCUCACGGUCUUGAGGGAUUACAUCACCGCCUGGUCAUGUGACGUUACUAAGAAUAGCCACUCGCUCCGGGAGGAGGUGCGGCAGGCGAGGGUCCAGAUGGCAGACAUGGAGAUGCAGUUACAGGAGACAAUGAAAGAGAGCGAGGGAGUGGAGAACAGUCUCCUCAACCAGCUUCAGGACACGAGAGACGACUUGCAGCUGUGCUCCAAUCAGAUCCAGGAGUUACUGGACGACAACGUGACACUCAAGUCCAGUCUGAGCCGGGGAAGGGCCAAGAUUUCAGAGUUGGAAGGUGUCAAUUUCUCGCUGGAGGAGAUGCUAAUGGAGGCCAAGGAGGGAGAGGGGGAGGAGGGGGAGGAGGGGGAAGAGGUGGACGGGGGGAGGGAGGAGAGGAGAGGGAGGUCGGCCACUCUCAUCGAGACUGCCCUGAAGGAAAAAGACGAGGCAGCUGAGGAGCUGUCCCAGGAGCUACGUCAGAGAGAAAAGCAGUUAGAGCAGACCAAGGAAGAGCUGGCCACUUCUCAAGACACUCUCAAAACAGUCACCUUUGAACUCUCUGCUCUUCGGGAACAGGUUGUGGCUGAAGCUGAAGAGAAAGCAGCUGUUUCGUCAACCCUGGCCCAAGUCGAGGAGAAGGCGGAGUGUCUGGAGAGAGAGGUGGAGAGGUUGACCGAGGAAUGUGGGGUGGCCAGAGACGAGGUCAAAGGUCUUGAGUACCAACUGAGCUCGGCCACCACGGAACUACAGCAGACCAAAGAGACGGCUGAGGAGCUGUCCCAGGAGCUACGUGAGAAAGAGAAGCAGUUGCAGCAGACCAAGGAAGAGCUGGCCACUUCUCAAGACACUCUCAACACUGUCACCUUUGAACUCUCUGCUCUUCAAGAACAGUAUAUUCUGGAACUUCGUCAGGAGAACUUUGCCAGUGAGUUGGAGGAUCUGAGGAGACGCUGCAAAGACAUGGACGCCGUACGAGAGAGGGCGGAGGGUCUGGAGAGAGAGGUGGAGAGGUUGACCGAGGAAUGUGGGGUGGCCAGAGACGAGGUCAAAGGUCUCAAGUACCAACUGAGCUCGGCCACCAUGGAACUACAGCAGACCAAAGAGUUACUGGCAGAGAAAGAGGAGUCGCUGGACUCGCUCCGCUCCAAGUGGACUCAGAAGGAGGAGCUGCUGAGAGAGGCGGGAGAGGGGCAGGAGCUUGCCCGUGCCGAGGCCGAGGGCCUGCGACUGGAACUGAGGGAACUGGAGAGAGAGGUUGGGGACCAGUCUUCAGAGAUGAGCACCCUCAGCGAGCAACUCACUGAGAAGACCUACAGCAGAGACAGGGAGAGAGCAGAGCUGUUGAGGGCCCAGACCUCGCUCGAUGUCCUCCAGUCUCAGCUGGAGAUUGAGAAGCAGGGCUUCGCCAAGGAGGCCGCCAGACUCACAGAGGAGAACAACGACAUCCGCAGAGCCUUUCGCCGUCUCCUAGAACAGAAGGUUACGCUGUGGCAGCAUGCAGACGAACUAGAACACGAACACCAGGCCAUGGGGAUGUGGAUCAACAGUAAAACUGUCACCGCCUGCAUGGAGUGCUCUGCCACCUUCACCCUCAGAAUCAGAAAGCACCACUGUCGGUCAUGUGGUAGAGUGUGCUGUGCUAAAUGCUGUGACCAGAAAGCCCAGCUUCCAUUCAGCAGGUACAUAGCUUUACCGUCCGUGCCGGCACUUACACACUUACGUUACUCCUUUAGUGAGUGUAAUGUCCACAUUUCAGGGGUUAAAUUGCAUGCAAGAUAUUGUUCUUGGAGAAGGAGGUGUCCCUAUUUAGAGAGGUGUCCUCAUUUCAGGGGUUAAAUUGCAUGCAAGAAAUUGUUCUUGGAGAAGGAGGUGUCCUUAUUAGAGAGGUGUCUUCAUUUCCAAGCACUGUAUAUAUCAUUGUAUGCCACCAGAGAACCGGUGCGUGUGUGUGAGAAAUGUCACCAGAGAAUCACUCAAAUGAGGACCCCCUUCGUCUCGAAAUUCAUCAACUCCUCCGACCCCGCCGACCCCCAGGGGACCCCGACCCCCAAUGCGGGGGGCAGCUGGAGAAAUUCCAGUAACUCUCUCAACAUUGAGAGGAAUCUGGAGGCUGGAGGGAACAGUCUCCAUGCCAAGUUGAGGGUACAGAACGACGACUCGAGUGUUGCCAGUAGUUACGACGGAAAGUGGAUGAACGGUUCCCCCGUCCCUGGGGGGUCAGGGCGAAGUUUUGAGGGGUCCGGAACUUUCGACUCGGCCCCCGGGAACAAUAUUAGACCCCACAGUUCUGCAUGUCGUUUAGAGGCGGGGGAGACAGGUAGGUGGAGCUGGUCCCCGCUGGACGAAUACUCUGUGGACCCUGCUGUGAGGAAGAGAGAGAGUGAGCGUUCCAGCGGCCCCCAGUCAGGGGUUGAGGCGGUCCAAUAUCACAUCGCUGCCGUGGAGGGGGAUUCCCUGGGGGAUAGCUAUUACCUCAUCGAUACGAACCCCCAGUUCCCCGUGGGGGUCGACGUCCCCGGGAAUAAGUUUUUAGACGUGAACGCCCUCGCUUCAAAACUGGCUAGUUUGGAAGUACGACAACAGGGGAACCCCGCAACUACAGGGGGGGACAAUUCCGACCCCCUCCAGGGGGCAACGGGGGGCAGGGAAAUUCCGAGGGAGGGGCUGACAGGGUUCACAGAGGUCGCGCUGGAAGGCGGAAGUGCUCACACGGUGAAAGUGAAAGUGGAGAAGAAAGGAACAGCCAUUGCCUGGGAAUUUAUGAGUGAACCAAAAGGUUUGGCCUUUGGACUUUCGUUUGAGGAUUUUGAAGGAGCUAAAAUUGAGCAGAUCCUCCCGCUGCGUCGCUGCGUCUCACACAAGGCAGCUCUCUCGGGAGAAUAUGCGGCUCAGAAAGUGGGCAACUACAUCUUGAGAUUCGACAACUGCCAUUCUAAGUAUUCAGGUAGGAGGCUGCAGUACAGACAGUGGGUUAGACCACCCACAUGACAGUCACGUGACAGUCACAUGACCUAAAUUCCGAGCAACUCUAUUUUCCCUCUACUUUAGACAAAAGCUUUCAGCUACCUCAUGUAAAUUCAACAGAAAUUGUGUUGUUGUAAACACACAUCUUGUUUCAUUUUCAAAAUCCUUUGUGUGUACAUUUAUAUAUACAUGUAAAAAAUGAAAUGUUGCUAGUCUUUGAUGUCAACAACAACAAUGUCAUCGUCACGGAGACGCAAAACAUCGUGAUCGGCCUUUAGCGGCUGCAGUUUCCCUCUGUCCUCCGCUUCAACAUACAUCCCAACAAUAUGCUCCCCGGAACAGCCCCACUGUUUCGUGCUCCACACCACCAGUGAAUUGUACAAAUCGUAGAAAUCCGCAAUCUGCAAUUUCUCAGUCUCUCUCUCCCCCUUCAACUUGAUCCCAAUGUUCUUCGGUGGCGGGGUGCAGGUGUGGAAGGAGAGAAGGGCGUUGGAAAUGGCGGCGCCCGAAGAGGGGCAUUGCGGUGUAGUGAUGGCUCUCCCGUAGAGUGUCACAGUGUAGGUGGUGCCGGGGUGGAGCGUGUGGGUGGGGCUGAACUCCGCCCUCAGGGCACGAGGGUCGAACGUCACGUGACCUUCCACCGGUUUCACGUCCAUUUCACUUCUCACCUCAAAAAGUUUGCUGGCGUUGACGGUCAAAACAUUUCGGUCAAAAGUGACAGCGAUGCUUGUGGCAAGUUCCACGUCCCUGACUCCUUGCUGG